AUGAAUGUGGGAAAAGCUUCAGACAAAGUUCAAUAUCAGAGGAUUCAUACUGAAGAAAAACCCUAUAAAUGUAAUGAAUGUAGUAAAGCCUUUAGUCAGAGAGCCAGUCUCCUUAAGCAUCGAUCAUUCACACUGGAGAAAAACCCUAUGGGUGUGAUCAGUGUGGUCACAUUUAGUGAGAGCUCACACCUUAUCGUACACCAGAGAACUCACAGUAUAGAAAACCCAUAUAAAUGUAAGGAACAAGGGAAAUGCUUCAUUUGGAGCUCAGCACAUCAGAUCAUUCAUACUGGAGAAAAGCCAUAUGGAUGUGGGCGCCCAGACUUGGCUGGACUUAAGGCGACCUUAAGUCUGGGCUCAUCUUCGCCUCCGACCCACAAAGAGCCCUACGACUGCCGCCUGCUGUUCACCAGCCCUUUGUCCCCGUGGCCAGCUCAUGGAGCAACCCCCCCCCCCCACCUGCCAGGCCAGGACAUGGCCAUGGCCACAGCCAUGGCUGAUGCUCCCUUGCCUCAUCUCCACUGUAACAGAGGAAAGCAGAUUCAUCACACUGGAAGACCACCUCAAGCGGGGGAAGGUCAGGAAGGACAGAGAAUUCUGGAGAAGGAACAGAGGAAGUGUCUGAGCGAAACACUAAGGGAGUAUAGGCAGGAAGGCUAUAAAUUAGAAGGGCCCCAGAACAAGAGUUCAGUGUGUCCUCAAGUGAUCCUCAGAGAACCCUCGUUAGUCUAUGUCCUUUUUGGCCAUCACACUUUUAUUUUCGGAGUUCUCCCUGGGAAGUCUUCAGGUGCUUACCGGUUCUGUGGGUUGGGUCCAGAUUCCCUCAUCCCAGCCAUGCACUCUCUGCUGUUCCUGAGUGCCUGGCAGGUGGUGCAAGAUGAGGUCUCUGCGUGCCAAGCUUUGGAUUCUCUGCCUUGGAACUUGUAUCAUGUCUUAUUCAAGGUGGCUUUCAGGGAUAAGAAGACAUCAUUUCUAUCGAGUCUGGUAAAGAGGUGGCCCUUCUCAAAACUCGAAGUUAGAACGUUGCUGCAUACAUGUCGCCAACCUCACAAGGCUCUUUUUAAGAAAUGUCCAGAUUGCCGGUGGACCCUCCCACAGAAUGAUUUUGGCAAGACUGUUUUUGACGUUAUCAUCCAGGGAGUAACAAGCCACAUAAGGAGAGCAAUAGAUCAUCCCCAGGAACUCCCACACAGGAGGCUAUGGCAGCUGGAUAUUACUGGAUUCCUCAAUAAUGAAUUUGGUUGGAAUAUCUGGUUCAUGAAAAUGUGGACCAAUUCAUUGGACCAGGCACGAAACUGUAUCUUCCCCAACCAAGACACAUUGGGGCCACAGAACCAGGCCAUGGGCCAGGCCAGGAAAGCACAUCCUUCCCCAAGAGUUCCUUUGGAAGCAUGUGUGGAUCUCCUGGUGGACCUCCAGGUGGCCUUCCAGUCCCAGGGAUUUCUAAGGGCAGCUUUCCAGGGCAAUAGAAACAGCCCUCUGCGCCUGGUAUGUCGGGAUUUUUGGAAUGCCGAUCUUACUGCUCAGGCCAUUGCAGGAUUUCUGGAUCUUCUUGACACUCCACCACUCCGAAGAGUAGACCUGGGAUUUAGGGAAAUGGACUUCUUGACAGCAAGGUAUUCAGUGGCACAGUUGGCUAGGUUCGAAAACUUAAAAAGCUUGAGACUGUGUCAUUUUGAUAUAUGUGGAAAUUGGCAAUUGGAUCCUAUGAGAAAGGAAGAUUUUUACUACUUUGCUAAUGAACUGAGUGAUCUGAGACAACUUAAGGAGAUCACUAUGUGCCAUUUUCAUCUUUCAGGCCAGGUCCAGACUCUACUCAGUGGCAUUGAAGGUUCCCUGGAGAGCCUUGAAUUGUCGAGCUGCUCUUUGGCCAAUGAAGACCUCGUCUACCUGGCCCAGAGCCACCAUGGGGCUAAUCUUAUGAAGCUGGACCUCUCAGGCAAUAACUUAACAGACAAAUUGGAUGCUUUCCUGGAAUUACUAGAAGCGGCCUCAGGCUCACUGGAAUCUCUAAAUAUUACAAAGUGCUAUCUUCAGGACAUUCACUUUUAUAAAAUCUUGCCAAGCUUGUAUAAAUGCAAGAGAUUGGCCCAUCUUGGUCUGUUUGGAAACCUUCUCUCCAGUGAAAGCCUGAGAGCUCUGAAGGAGCCAUUGCAGCAGAAACUGCUUAACCUGAAGACAAUGUCACUUUCAGUCUUUUCAGACAACUUGACCCAGCAACUUCCUUUACCCUCCGACCAUGAGAUCCUUUCCCCUCUGUCGGAUCAACUGAACGAGUUGUUACUCAUAACAGAACAGUCUUUCACUGAGUGUCCUCGUACCCGUCCCUUUGACCUGGGUGAUCAUUUUGAUAUAGUAUAGUGGACUUAUUAUUAUCAGGGAUGGGAAGAACUUCCAGUCAUAUCUGGAUAGUAAGAUUAGUUUAAUUUCUGCUUUUAUGAAAAAAUUUUAAAUUAUUAAUGUUCAUAUCAAAGAUCUGCAAAUGUAUAAAUUAAGGAAUAAUUCUCACCUAAAACCUAUAUUUUACAUACAAGAACCACAUAGAUGAACAGAAACUAACAAAUGUUUGAUUAGUACUUUUUAAUCUCAAAUUAGACUCAAUGUAUGUCAUCAUUCUACUGAUUUUUGUACAAUUCCCCAUAACUUACUAUAGUUUCUUUGAUGCUUCUGUUAGUUUCCAUCUAUCUGUCUGCUCCCAAAUAGAUAUAUAACAUAUAUGUACCCAUACACAUGUUUAUAUGUCUAUGUACAUACAUAUAUACACAUACAUAUAAAUCUGCCUCAGCUACUUUUAUAAUGCUUAAUUUUUAUCCCUUGUUAGAAAUGUUUAUAUUUUUUGCUAUGAUAAAUAAACUAGCUAUUGGUAUUUUUGCAUUAAAAGCUUCAUUUGCAUGACAUUUUUAUUAAGAACAGACCUAAAAACAAAGGAAAUUGCAAAGAAAAUUACUCUGGGUUUGAUCUUGUGAGAAUUUAACACCAAUUUGCACCCCUUUCCUUGGUACAGUAAGAUCACCCUUAGAGUGUUUCUCUAGUGAAUUGGAUUUCCAUUCAGCCCCCACCCUUUAAUUGGGUUAAUAGCAAGGCUUGAGGCUUAUUUGUAUAAGGAGGACACCUCAUGGCUCCCUGGCAUCCAGGAAGAUGCUUGCUCCUUGUCCCACGUGACUCCUGUCAUCUGGAAGAUUGGCCUCUGAUCUGGAUUG